AUGGAUAUCGGUUUGGGUAGAUCUGUCACAUUUAAAUUUGUAUUCCGGAAAGCAGUAUGCGAUGAUGGCAAAUUGAACGUCAUGAUUAAGACUGAAUCAAUUCGAGGCAUUUGUCCAGUUGGAUAUUAUAUUAAAGAUGGCUCCUGCGUUGAUAUAAAUGAAUGUGAAUCUGCUCGGGAAAUAUGUCACGAGCAAGCACAUUGUGUCAAUACCAUUGGAGACUAUUUAUGUGAGCGCAAUUGUCCACCAGGUUUUAAAGCAGGCCCACAAGGUGAUUGUGAAGACAUUGAUGAAUGCACCCUUGGCAUGCAUAAUUGUACAAGCGGUGUCCUAUGCAUAAAUAGACCAGGUACCUUCUUAUGUGAAACGUCAUUAUGUGCUGAAGGUUAUACCCGAGAUUCCAAUGGUCGUUGCAAAGAUGUGGACGAAUGCACAAAAUCGGUAUGCGGUAAUUUGAAAUGUUUGAAUCACCUAGGCUCAUAUAGUUGCAUUUGUCCAACAGGCUUCCCAACUGAUAAUAAUGGCCAUUGUGAAGACUCCCAAGGAAAUUUAACUGAUUUAAAAUUAAUUAGAUUUGAUGAAAAUUGGAGCAUGUGUAAACCAGGUUACCAUCGUAUCGCUGGAACAUGUCAAGAUAUUGACGAAUGUGUAUUCAAUUUUCCAUGCAAAUACAAAUGUGAAAAUACUGAAGGCAGUUAUAAAUGCUUGUGUCCAGAGGGCUACAGAGUUGAACAAAAUAAUUGUAUCGAUAUAAAUGAAUGUUUAUACGAUCCGUGUGCCGAGAAUGAAUUAUGUUUUAAUCAGUUGGGAAGUUAUGAAUGCCUUACGACACCAUGUCCAGCUGAUUAUCAUUUGGAAGAUCAGAAAUGCAUGCCAAAUUGUCGAAAUUGCUCUAACUCACCUAUUAUAAUAUAUAUGAUAUCAGUACCAAAAAGCACACCACCUUCAACUCCCUUGCUGCGUGUGACAGCUUACGAUCACCGAUCGAAAUUGCUUCAUCAAACACAAUUUGUUAUAAAAUCAAUUUCAAAAUUCACCAAACAUAUCCCAUUUAUUUUUAAAACAAAAAAUGGUCGAGCAACGUUACAAAACGCAGAAGAUCUACUUAGUGCAGGAACAUAUAAACUUGCCAUACGAAGCAUCUCAAAGCUACCUUACAGAACGGGCAAAUUGCUAAAUGAUUUCAUUGUUUUCAUUUCUGUCUCAGAAUUUGAUUUUUAA